AUGAAUCUUCAAAAGUGCACAGCAGUUUGUUAUCGAGGAGUUCUCACAUAUCUCAAAACCAAAAUUAUGGAGAUUCUUACUCUCUCCCAAGUAUUAGAGAAGCUCUCUCCCUCUACAGUGCUUGAUUCAGAGAGCUUAUUGCGUGACUUCCGUCAGUUCUUGCUUAGGGGCACUCCAGAGCAGUGCCUGGAACUCAUCCCGUUGCAAUACAGACCCUCAAAUAAUGCAAAUAUCUCUAUCUCUCAAUCACCAAUCCAUCCGUCACUCACCCCACCUCCCCAGGGUCCAUCACUGGAGCGACUCAUUCCACAAUUACCUUCCAUUGUAUCCGUCCAGUGCUCCACAGAACCUCUGCCCCGCACUUCCAGUUCUUGCAACUCCUACAACCACCCAGUGGGCACAGAGACAACCUAUCCUCCCAGCGCUUCAAACCUCGAUUGUCACCCAGUGGUUAUAAAGAAUGGACAAUAUGCUCUACAGAGUCGUGUAUCCAAGAAGCGACAAAGUGCUGAGGCAAAUAUUGACAAGGGCCAGGGAAGGGAAUUAACUGCGGCGUGGACGGAAGAACCGUUUAUCAAAUUAAAAAAGAACUUCAACAAUGUUUCUUUGUCAAUAACCUCCUGUGAAAAGAUUUGGGGAUCAACUGACAGUCUCUUGGAUAUGUCCCUUCCAACACCAGGGUUACGGUUGAACAAGCUUUUGAAAGGAUCAGAAGCAAGAACAGCUGAUGCUAUCUUUGCAAAUCGCCUUUCAUUACUCUUUAUGACUCACGAGGUUGAUCACAAAACUUGGUCAAUUAAACAUCCGAAUGGUGCCAAACGCAAGACUAGGGCAUUCAAUCUAGUUGCUGCAGACCAAAAAUGUAGUGCUGGGGAAAUAAAAGUAUAUGAUAGACGAGGUAGAGGAUACAUUAAGUUGAUGGAAGAAGUUGGCCCAAUGAUUGUGUUUGAACUGGGCAAGGAAGUUUCCAACUUGUGUGAAUAUCACUUAAAUGAUGAACAGCGGCAGUUGUUCACCAACUGGCUUCGACGGAAAGAUUUCAACAAAGGCAGGGCUAAGAAGUGCAUUUCAUCAGCAAAACUCAUUCUUGAUGGAAUAACAACUUACGGCAAAGCAAGUUAUACUUAUGCCAAUCUUAGAGAAGCUCCGAGCAGUCUAUUAGACAUAGUGAGAGAAUAUGUGAGCUGGGAUGAUGAUGGCACUAUCCACCCGAAAAAUCACAUUUCAACCAACAAUCCUUCACAGCAAACAUCCUCCAACACAGGAACUCCGAACCAAAUAGAAAACAGAUGCGGCACAUCCCCAACUUACUGCUGUCCCAGUGGCUCAGGUGCUCAUGAGUGCCACAAUGCCUCUUUCUCAAAGCAGGUGUGCAGUCGGCAACUAAGUCCCAUCGGGGAGCUUUCAUUUGAAGAGCGAGAAGCGGCCCGAAUGCUUCAACAAUUUCAACAACAGCUACCACAGCAACCCAUCAACAAUAAACCAAGUGGCAGCCACCACUCAGCUUAUGACCCUGCCUAUUAUCCGAUGCAAUCUGAACCGACACUAGUGGGUGCACUCAGACAGCAAUCUGUCAACCCAUCCGUCGAGGGGGACAUUUACCCAAACCCGUGUUACAGACAAUCUGUCAACCCGUCCGUCGAGGGGGACAUUUACCCAAACCCGGGUUACGGACAAUCUGUCAACCCGUCCGUCGAGGGGGACAUUUACCCAAACCCGGGUUACGGACAAUCUGUCAACCCGUCCGUCGAGGGGGACAUUUACUCAAACCCAGGUUACGGACAAUCUGUCAACCCCAUCAAUUUAAUGGAUUCAUGGUGGAAAAUUCGAGUCCUGUAA